UUUGGUUUCCAUUCUUCUUAUGAUUCCAGCUGGGUUUGGAUCUGACGGAACCAGGAGAGUUACUGUGUCCUCGUGUUGUUGUCGAACACACUGUGUGACUCUCAGUGACUCAGCUGCUCGGCUCGGUUCCGUUUCUCCGUCCUGAAGUGAAGAAUCGAAAGUGAAAGCGGCCUGAAGCCUCCGAGCUCACAGUCGAUGUGUCGAUGUGUCGGUGAGACUCGAUGGAGGCGGCCGAGUGUGAGCCGGUGACCGUGGACGGGUUCUGGAGUUCGGCCCAGACCAAAACCGUCAAGAACAAACUGCAGCUUUACUUCGGCAGCAAGAAGAAGUCUGGCGGGGGAGACUGCCGGGUGGAGGCGGAGGACGGAGCUCCGCGGGCCGCCGUGUUCUUCAGCUCCGAGGAGGUGAGACAGCGAGUCCUCGCCAGAGCAAACCAUGACAUCAUCGUGGACAAUCAGACCAUCCAGUUACGUCUGACUCCAGGAUCUCGCCCGGCGAACAACGAUGGCGUCUCAGAUUCACAGACGCAGAAGUCAAACGCUGAAGCUGGAGAGAACAAAGAGGAGUCCGUUCAGAGUGCCGGUGUGGUUCUGGAGAACGUGGCGGACGACAUGUCCAGAGAUCUGCUGCUCAUGCUGGUGGAGAACAUCUCGGGUCUGGACGACAGCUGCUUCAGUCUGGAGAUCAUCUGGGAGAGCAACAGAGCCGCGGUCACCUUCAGCAGCGCUGCAGAUGUGGAGAAGUUCCUCACUGUGACUCAGUCCAGCCAGAAGCUGCAGAAACACGGACUGAGCGCCCGACCGCUGGAGGCAGCGGACAGCGUCCGAGUGGAGAGUCUUCCUCCGACUGUGGUCAAAGACAUGUUGGAGCUGUAUUUUGAGAAGAACUGGGCCUUACCGGACAGAAUCGUCAUGAUCCCGGACGAACAGGCUGCCAUCGUCACUUUCAAACACCCCAAAGUUGUGGAAAACAUUUGCUCAAAGCGAGACUACAUGAUGGGCUCCAUCUCUGUCAGAGUGUAUCCGUACCACGAGUCGCUGGCCAGCGCCUUGUACGGCAAAGAGCGACCAGCAUGGAAGAUGCCGGAGCCUUUCACAGAGAAAGUUCACCAUGUUAUCUGGAAGUUCCUCCAGAUGAAGAAACUCUUCCAGGACAUUAACGAUCAGAUGCAUCCGUACUUCUGCAGCGUGGACUUGAAUAACAACGAGGUGAAACUCAGCCCUCUGCCGGGUUUUUUGAGGCAGAAAGGUCUGAAUGCAGAACGGGUGAACAGGUGGAUGAGCACCGCCCUGGACGCCUUCCGUCAGCAGAUGUCUCAGUACACGGCCUUUGAAUGUGCGGUGAACGCAGCUGCGUGGAAAGCUGCAGAGAAAGACGUCCGCUCAGUCGUCAGAGAAGACGCCGUCCUGGUGAUGGACUCAUCCAGGGACACUUUGACGGUGGCUGGCCGAGCUGACGACAUGAAACAACUCAGGGGUCCAGUGGAGGACAUCGUUCGUAAAGCCAUAACUCUGAUUAAACGGCAAACAGAGGCGGUGUCUGAGGGAAUGACUGUGCCCCCUGCAAUGUUCUACAUCCUGAAGCAGGAAGGGCUGCAGAAAGCUGCACAACACAUUUCCCCUGACAUGAGUCUGUCCUACGAUAAAGGCACCCAGAUGAUCACCAUCACAGGACUCCCUGCAGAGGUUUUCCAGACCAAGUCGUGGAUCCUGGAAAAGAAAGUGGGCAUGAGUAAAAAGCCGAUUGCUGUCCCUCCUGGUCUUUUAGACUUUCUGAGCACAGUGGAUCCUAUGGACAUGUCACAGGACCUGUUUACAUCCCAAGGCAUCACUGCCAUCUACGGCAUCGAGGACAAACAGGUCAUGUUGUUGGGCAGUUCUGACAGAGUCCUCGCUGACGCGCAGAGUAAGAUGAAGCAGGUUUUGUCCCUGCAGACUCUAGAUGUAGAAGACCAGGAAGUUCUGAAACGUCAUGACUGGAUGAGCCUGAACAAACAGCUGUUAGACACCUACAACAGCUCAACGAAGACAACCGUCACCAUCCAGAUCCACCCGGACAGAGGAAACAAAAUAACGGUGGCCGGCUUCCUGACCCCAGUGAACGAGGUCAGCUCCAGUCUGAGGGAAUUCAUUGUCAACUACUCACAAGUUCAAGAAACCAUACGUGUCAAAUCUGGUGCUGUUGUUCAGUUUAUUGACAAGAAAAAAUCACAAGAUUGGAAAAGUAUCGCCAAAGCCAAUGAUGUCAAAGUCUAUUUUGAUGAAGUGAGGCCAAAAAUCCUGAUCGCUGGGGCUCGUGUUCAUGUCCAGAAAGCCAGAUCCUGUUUUUUGGAGAUGACUGGCGCUCUCUCCACCGACAUCCUCACCGUGGACAAACCCGGAGCUAAGAAGUACUUCCUGUCUGCAGGACACAUGGUUCUGUCUACAAUGAUGUCGGAGUUGAGCUGUGUGGUGAUGCUUCGUCCAGACAACCAACCAGAAGAGGAGGAGGACAACUACGAGGUAGAAGAUGGUUCUUGUUAUUGCAAAGUGCGGACCGCCAGUGGAGUUCUGGUUUCCGUCAGCAAGGCAGAUAUCUGCAGGUUUAGUGUUGAUGCAGUGGUCAACGCAGCUAAUGAGGAACUGCAGCACAUUGGCGGGUUGGCGUUGGCGCUGCUCAAGGCUGCAGGACCGGAGCUGCAGAAAGUCAGCAAUGAUUACAUCUCCAGGAACAGAAACCUCCGUCCAGGUGAAGCCAUCGUGACGCGUGCAUUUAACCUGCCCUGCAAACACGUCGUACAUGCAGUCGGUCCACGCUUCUCUGACUCUGACGAGAGGACGUCGGUGUUGCGUCUCAAGCUUGCUGUCAGAGAAAGUCUGAGACAGGCAGAGAAGGUCAGCUGCUCCUCCAUCGCACUGCCAGCCAUCAGCUCAGGUGUGUUUGGUUUUCCUGUCGACCUCUGCGCUGACACCAUCGCUCAGUCAGUGCGGGAGUUCUGCGACAGUCCCGGGAGUCCACGGUCGCUGACUGAGAUUCACCUGGUGGACAAUAAUCACAGCACAGUGAAAGUCCUGGCCACAGCGGUCAACACAGAGUUCAGUGACCUCGGACCAACUCUGACGAUACCACAGGCGGCAGGAGGACGAGCUGCUGGAGCUUCAGGCAGAUAUCAGCGCAGUCAGGGUCAGAACCAGGUGCCCAGGAACAGAGGCUUUGCUGAAAGAGGAGAAGGAGCUCGGGGGGGAGGAGCCGGAUCCUGGGGCGGAUGGGAAGGUGACCGUGGAGAUCAGAGCCUGAGUGGACCCGUCAGGCCUGGAGGGCAUGGAGGGCCGAGGAGGGCGGAGCAGACCACAGCGGAGGGUCUGAAGAUUGUCCUCUGGAGGGGAAACGUUCAGGACCAGACUACGGAUGUCAUCGUCAACACCAUCUCAGACACCAUGAACCUGAACCAGGGAGCUGUUUCCAAAGCCAUCCUGCAGGCGGCCGGGCCCGGCCUGCAGCCAGCUGUGAACUCUGAGGCCGGGGUGGCCAGGCUGCCAUUCGGCAAAGUCGUGGUCACCGACGGCUACAACCUCAUGUGUCGCAAGGUGUUUCAUGCUGUUUGCCCUUUCUGGGACUACGGCGCCGGCCAGGCAGAGGCGGAUCUAAAAUCCCUCGUCAGAAGUUGUCUGGACGAGGCUGAGCAGCGAAAGAUGGCGUCAUUAUCCUUCCCGGCCAUCGGAACAGGAAACCUGAGCUUCCCCAGAGACGUGGUGUCCAGAGUCCUGCUGCAGGAGAUCCACUCAUACAGCCGCAGGAGAACGCCUCGCCAUCUGAGGGAGGUCGCCAUCGUGGUUCACCCGAGCGACAGCCAGACUGUAGAUCGUUUCACCAGAGAGUUCAGCGGUCCGACGGGUCAGAGAGUCGAACAAGAAGAACCAGAAUUUAAUGAGCCAACAGUUGUGCAGUCGGUCAGACAACCGCAGCAGAACUCAGCCUCCUUCGGCCAGGUGUUGUCCCCGACCCUCGGUGUGUAUCGGAUGCAGAUGGGUCAGCUCACCCUCGAGGUGUCGUCUGGUGACAUCACCAAGGAGGACUGUGAUGUCAUCAUCAACUCCUCCAAUCCGGACUUCACCCUUAGAACAGGAGUGUCGAAGGCGAUCUUAGACAGCGCCGGGCCAGCGGUCCAGCUGGAGUGCUCACACAUCGUGAGCUCUCCGGGUUACCAGCCUCGUCCGAUGAUCCUGACGUCGGGCGGCCGGCUGCCGAGCAGAAACAUCAUCCACAUCGUCGGCCAGAGCGAUCCUGCAAAGAUCAAGGACGUGGUUUACGCGGUGCUGAAGGUCUGCGAGGAGAACAGGUUCAGCUCCGUGUCCUUCCCGGCUCUGGGAACAGGUCAGGGAGGAGCCAGCCCGUCGGCGGUGGCGGACGCCAUGGUGGGAGCGGUGGUGGAGUUCGUGAGGAAGAAGCACGCGAGGUUUGUUGGCAGCGUGAAGAUCCUGAUCUUCCAGACGGUCAUGGUGACGGAGUUCCACAAGAGCAUGAAGAAGAGAGAGGGAGAGGAGGUGGAGGGGAAGAGCGUCCUCACCUGGCUCAAAGACAAAUUCACUUCCAUUCUCCCUGCACGUGGCGAGGAGCAGCUGAGCGCUGACGCCCUGGUGCUAGAGAGGGAGGAGUUUGAGCCCACAGUGUUUCAGCUGUGUGCCGACAACGACGAGGCUGUGAGCCAAGCUAAGAGAAGGAUCAAGGAUCUGAUUGUAGCCGAGCAGGCGAAGAGAACCAUCACAGACUCCUUCAUCAGUCACCUGUCGAGGGCGGACAUGGACCAGCUGAGCGCCCUGCAGAGGAAACUGACCGUUAGCAUCCACCUGGAGGCGGGGCGGGGCAACCAGGAGCCCAGAAUCCACCUGGAGGGUCUGACCAGAGACGUGUUCACCGCAGAGUCUGAAGUCAGGGACAUCAUCAAAAAGGUGGAGAGGUCGGAGAACCUGAGGAAACAGGCCUUUCUGGUGAGCGGACUGGUGGAAUGGAAGCAUCAGCAGAUCGACGGCACGAUGGCGUCCUUCGACAUUUACACCAACCUCCAGCUGGAGGAGGCUCUGGAGACGAAACAGAGUGUGAAGAUAGAGAUCAACAACCAGCCGUACAUCGCUGAUGUGAUGUUAAAGAAAGCAGUGUCAGCAAGAGGCCGUAAAGUGGUGGAGCUACAGAGGAAAGACUUGAAAGCUGCAGACGACGCCGCUCUGCCGUCCACCUGGGCCGACAUGAAGGGCGGCCGCCUCAAGCUGUUCCCGCUGGCUGCCGGGUCCAACGAAUACAACGAUGUGGAGAAAGAACUUCGGAAGACCGGUCUCAGGGUCAACAUCAUCCAGAUUGAACGGGUCCAGAAUAUCUCUCUGUGGAAGAGCUACCAGCAGGUGAAGACGGACCUGGAGGUGAAGAAUAAACACACCAACAACGAAAGGCAGCUGUUCCACGGCACCGGCCCAAAAUCCAUCGAUCUCAUCAACAAACAGGGCUUCAACCGCAGCUACGCAGGACAGCACGCUGCGAUGUACGGCAACGGCUCAUACUUUGCUGUGGACCCUUCGUACUCUGCUCAGGGCUACGCCAAGCCUGACGCCAGGGGGCAGAAGCGCAUGUACCUGGCCAGGGUCCUGGUCGGAGACUUCACCCAGGGAAGAAGUGGCAUGAUCGUCCCUCCCGUCAGGAACACCGGGAAUGCCGCCGAUCUGUAUGACAGCGUUGUUGAUAACACGGCUAAUCCGAGCAUGUUCAUCGUCUUCAGUGACACACAGGCGUACCCAGAAUACCUGAUCACCUUUACAUGAGAUCAUUUUAGAACUCUUUUAACUAAAAAAAGAAAGUUCCUCUAUUAUGUGUUUAGUUUUUAAUCAGUCUACAAAAAUAUUGAUAUAAAAAAAUGUCUUUCAGGUUUUUUUGGCAGUUUCUUGAUCUGGUUUUCAGACACUUUGAAGCCUUAAAUGUCAGAAAAUGUUUUACUGAAAAAACAAAAACAAAAUUAAAAUCAUGAGUCAUCAUUUACCUUCAGCUGUCAGUUAUAACUGUGCAUACUUUUGUUUUGCUUUGAAUAAAGUCUGAUUUAUUAAAGAGACACUGAAACAA